AUGGUUGAGCUCAAACCGAUUUUUAAGAAGGCCUACUGGUCUCUUGCAGCUGGUGGACUGAUCUAUGUGUUGUGCCUCCUCUCGUUGACCUUCCCAGAGGUCCAACGUUUUGUUCUUUAUGCCAACAAGAUCAACCCCAGCCUGUGGCAGGAUGUCAACCAAGUUGAGCAAUUUGGCUUUCUGAGAACUCAAGUCCAACCGUUUCAUUUGGUAACUCCCGACAAUGAAACUAUCUACGGGUGGCACUUGAUACCCUUGCAUCUUUGCCGGGAACACGAAAAGGAAUUAAUGGAGAAUCCCUCUACGGGCCCAGCGGAAAAUUACACGAAGACCGUUGCUCACAAGCUUCUCGCCAAUGACCCCAAUGCACGAGUCGUGGUAAGCUUCCACGGAAAUGCGGCGCACUUGGGUUCUGCUCAUCGCCCUGCCACUUAUAACUCGAUGCUGAGCCUGUCUACCCCGUCAAACCCAGUCCAUGUCUUCGCAAUUGACUAUCGCGGCUUUGGUGUUAGCACUGGAACUCCCACAGAGGAAGGUCUUAUAACGGAUGGCGUGUCCCUCAUUAACUUCCUUACCGCAGGGCCAUUGAAGGUUCCCACUUCUCGCAUUGUCAUCAUGGGCCAAAGUCUUGGAACUGCGGUCACAACUGCAGUGGCAGAGCGUUUUGCAUUCGGAUCAUCUAAUCUGACAGCUAUCCAACCAGCCAUCAAGAACGCUGAUCCAUUUGCUGGCGUGGUCCUAUUGGCGUCCUUCAGCAGCCUACCUAAUCUCAUCGAAUCCUACAGCUUCAAAGGCAUCACGCCGCCUAUGCUGUCCCCCAUUAUGGGAUAUCCUCGGUUUCAGAAGUGGCUGCUGAGCCAUAUUGUGGACCACUGGGACACGGCUGGAAGACUAGCGCGUCUUACCGGUGUCAAUACUACUUUGAACGCUGUCGAUAUGGACUACACCGACAAAAGCCUUGAUCUGACGAUAGUUCAUGCUUUUGACGAUGCCGAAAUUCCCUGGUACGAAGGACGCCGCGUCUGGGAGGCUGCCACGGGCGUACACAUCAAGGAUGCACCAGGUGCUAUGACGUACCACAAAGCCGAGGAUGGUAACCCUAGCGAGGUUAAGAUCUGGAGGAAUGAGAUCAGCAAUCAAGAUGGCACUGAGAUUGUGAAGAAAGUUAGAUGGGAACGGAUUCGAUACGGUGGUAUGCUGAAGGAAACGCCCUCGCUAUGGAUUCGACGGACUGACUUGUAG